AUGCAACAGCUUUCACCGAAUCAUCCCUGUCCGCCACAUGAUGGCAACAGUCCUACUUCACCUGGUGGCGGCGGAUCUCCUUAUAACGGUUCACAGGCUGGUGGCAGUGGCGGCAUUUCGCCGAAUUCCAAUGCGGGCAUUUCACCUAACAAAUACCGACGCAGCAUAUCAUUCCCGAAUAAGGGCGGCACCUCGCCCACACCCAGCUAUUCGCUAGACAUGAACGCCGCACAGUCCCAUAUACCCACACUGUCAGUGGGCAAUAGUGGUAGUCAAAGCGCUGGCGCUACUGGCGGCGGUGACGCACCCUACCUGGGUUCUGGCUUCACCUCCGACCGUUUGGUGGGCAAUGGCCUUGACAUGCGUCCUAUCGAUCACUGCUUAAAUGAUAUAAUGCGCAAUAUGGGUGCAGUCGGUGCUGGUGGGGACAACAAAGUGGCCGCUGCUGCUGUUCUAGCAGAACGUAUGCGUAAUCAGAAGUUAAGCGAACAUCAUCUCAGCGAAGCAGAUGCUGUGGCUAUAGCAAGUGGUAACGGUGCUGGUGCCUAUUUGGAUGCAAAUUUGAAAUUGAAUUCACCAUCGCGGGCGUCACCACAUUCGCAGGGUUCAGAGCAUAUGGCACGCUAUUCGAGAAAGGUGUUUGUAGGCGGUUUGCCACCAGACAUUGAUGAGGAUGAGAUCACCACGUCGUUUCGACGUUUUGGACCCUUGGUUGUUGAUUGGCCACACAAAGCUGAAUCAAAAUCGUAUUUCCCGCCAAAGGGAUACGCCUUUCUGCUCUUCCAGGAUGAAAACAGCGUGCAGCAGUUAAUCGAUUCGUGCAUCACCGACGAUGACAAGCUUUACCUAUGCGUCUCAUCGCCUACUAUCAAAGAUAAACCGGUACAAAUACGACCAUGGCGUCUGGCAGAUGCUGAUUAUGUACUCGACGCAACCAUGUCAUUGGAUCCGCGUAAAACCGUUUUCGUUGGCGGUGUACCGCGCCCAUUGAAAGCCUUUGAGCUGGCUAUGAUUAUGGAUCGGCUAUAUGGUGGUGUAUGUUAUGCGGGUAUCGACACCGAUCCGGAACUAAAGUACCCGAAGGGCGCUGGACGCGUUGCAUUCGCCAAUCAACAGAGCUACAUUGCAGCUAUAUCGGCGCGAUUCGUACAACUGCAACAUGGCGAUAUCGACAAACGUGUGGAGGUGAAACCAUAUGUGCUCGACGAUCAGAUGUGCGACGAGUGUGAGGGUCAACGUUGCGGUGGAAAAUUUGCACCAUUCUUUUGCGCCAACGUUACAUGUCUACAAUAUUAUUGCGAGAAUUGUUGGGGUGUCAUUCAUGCGCGCCCCGGACGUGAAUAUCAUAAAGCUCUAGUCAAAGAAGGCGCCGACCGGCCACGGGCGGUGCCAUUCCGUUGGUGUUAACGGCGGCGUUAAUAGGGCCAGCGAACAGCCGAGCGAAAGCUACCGACGGCUAAUGGCGGAUGCGCGUCGGUUCAAAACGCGUGGCAAAUGGAAUGGCAAAGAGUGGCGCAACAGGAGUAAGGAUAUUGAAGGAUAUCAAAUUGGCAAUGUGGAAUAUAUGAAAAUUGCGAUUAAAACGGAAUGAAAAAGAGAGAGGUAGCUGUUGUGUGGGAAAAGGCUGGCAGGCAUGGCAAGAUUUCAAAAGUAAAUGCAUCUAAUAUUUUCUGCUUACAGAACAAAUCGAACUGAAGCUGUUAAGUUAAAUGCAUUGAAUUUUUGUUUUUGUUUACGGAAGCCCAAACCACAUUUUGUGCAUAUACAAAAACAAAAAUAAUAAAUGAAAAAAAAAAACAACAAAACAAGAAAAAUCAGCAACACACACAUAUACAAAACUACAGGUACACAAAGAGCAAAAGAUGUAUGUUAAAUUUUGCAAUAACAGCAAAAGCAAAGGAUACCAAAAACGGUUUGAAAACUAAGCGCAUUCACAAGUUUUACCAGAACUAAAGCGUGUAUAUGUAGUAGUGUUAGGUUAUAUGAAUGGAGGCAAAAGGAAAUUUUAGAAAAAUUUUAUUACACAAAUACCUACUUAACUAGAACAGAUAUACAUAUAUACUAAAAUACUUAGCAUGGGCUUAUACUCAGAUAUGUACAUACCGAUGUGUGUGUGUGUGUGAAAAAUAGUAAAAUGCAUACAUACAUAUAUAGAUAUGUUUAAAAGUAGCAGGCCUAUGAAAUGAAUAAAAGCGAAUAAAAAUAGUUUAGCGAACAAAAACAAAAGCAAGAACGAAAUACUUGAACAAUUUUAUAGCGUUUUCUUACUUACGAAAAUAUCGACUAGUGAUUGCUUCAAAAUUAAUAGGAACUUAAAGCUAUAGCAAAUUACUCAUAAACACACAAAAUCUACAGUUUCAGAAGCAAAUUUUCUACAGCUAAAGUUCGAACAUGUUAUUACUCUAUGAAUACUAGCUAGCCAAAAUCAAUUGAGUAAAAGACACAACACAAGCACAGACACUAAUGCCAAUACACGGUUCAUAUUCAGAAAUAUGGAAGUGAAUGCCUUCCAAUGUCAAGCGCAAUACCGCCAGAUUAGUUUACUGCUUUCAAGCUCCAAUGAGAGCUACUAUGUUUAACAUCCAUACAUACAUGUGCGUGGUGUGUAUGUGUGCGUGCAUAUUUGUAGGCCCCUCU